UGUGCCAGGGAUUUCAUCCACGGCGAGCCAGCUAGUUAAAUCUUACCACAUCGUGACCUUCACAGCAAGAAGUAAACUUCUUGUCAUGCAAAUAGUCGGUUUAACAGCCAACUAAUCUGCAAGCCAUGCUCGAGAGGAACACAUGUCUAUCAGGGCGCCAUCUCUGAGGAAAGGCCAUUUAGUUGUCUCCUUCAAAUCUUCGAGGCAACACUGGUGCGCAUUCUCUGAGUUAUAGCUCCUGCAGGAGUCAAGUGUUAUGAGGAUCUACGAAAUUUCCAGCCAGCCAGCCCAAAAUGAAUACCCUAAUACCAACUGGCAAGUGAAGUGGCAAGAAUCAAGCCUCCUCUUGAUUGCUUGGGCCAGAGUAGCUCGUCCCCUUGUUUGGCGCUUCUAGCGUCAGUCAUGCCUAUAAAUCCACCCAUAUACCCUCUGUAAUCAGCAUGAUUUUUACGUUUGUCCCUUACAUUUCUCAGUCAUUGAUAAUUCGUUCCAACAAAGUGCUACGUCAAUAGCUCACUCUCAACACUAUGUUGUUCGCAAAAUACUUCACAUUGGCGGCUGCCGCCCUUGCAGCCCAGGUCGUUGCCCUCCCUUCUACUUUCUCUUCUGUCCCUGAGGCUAUCGGCGACCUCGACCCUAUCAGCGCUUCUAUCGAAGGUCUUUCACAGAGGAUUGCCCAGUCGCCAGGAGGUAUUACUGAGCUCAUGUCCGUUACCAACGAUAUUUAUGACGUCUGUGACAUGGCCAAAAAGGGGCGGGCUAGAUUUGAGGGCAUGGCUCCUUUAUCUAAGCAAGACGAGCUUGACGGAAGACCUCAUAUUGAACGACUGAUCAUUGGCCUGACAACUGCUAUUGAUGCUACUUCUACCAAAGUCCCCCUCAUCAAGGCCGUUCCCGGUGGUACUCUUGUUGCUAAACGUGUGGCCGACCGAGUUAACGAGGAGAAGACAGGAUUCGAGUCCACCCUCCAAAAGAAAUGCUCGGCUGAAGGGUUCAGCCUGUUUAGGGCAGGAAUGGACGAGUUUGAUAAGAAAUUUGACGCUUUGAUGUCUAGGCUUUAG